GCUAACCAAUGAAAUAUCUCCUUGUGCAAUAAGGAAGUGCAUGUAGACUUAAAUGAAUAUUCCAGUUGAUGUCUUCAUUCAAUAAGGAUAUCAUGGAUUUUCCUCCAAAAAAACUUAAUAAUAGAACUGAUGUGCCAGGAUCGGGAUUCAGGAAACAGGAGAAAGAUCUUGACAUUGGACACAAUGAUAACUCAGAUUAUUCUUUUGCAAGGGACCCUGAUAAACUGCCAAAGAAUGCGACUAAUUCUGCAGGUCAAAAUGUUAAUGAUCAAAAUAAGAAUAUAUGGCCACAGAAAACUAAGAACAAUUUGGAAUUUAAUGACCUUAAUGUGGAUAUGCCUGAACAAAUACUAAGAAGCUCAUCAGAAACAAAGAUAUCAUACGCAGUUAUUAAUGAUGUCCACAUAACACGCGCAGAGGAAAGGAAAAAGGAAAACAGAAAAUCGCCAAGAAAUUGUAGAAUAAUUCAAGCGGUCGCCAUCUUUGUUGUGCUUGCGGUUCUGGGACUUAUAGCAUUUUUCAUCAUACGCAAUAUGGUCGGAGAUCGAUCCUCUUGCGAUACGCUACCUUCAGUGGAAAAUGGAAACGUUAACAUAACCCAGACUUCAGGUCAGACUGAAGCUACUGUUUAUUGUAAACAAGGCUAUGGAGAAGAUGAAAAUCAGACACUUACAUGUAAAGAUGACAAGUGGACUCCAGUGAAACAUUGUCGACGAACUGGUUGUGGACCAUUCCCUACCAUUGCGAAUGGAUUUUUAAGUGGAAAGGAACAGACAUUCGGUUCGACGGCAAAGUUGCGAUGUAAUUCUGGUUUCAUGGUAAAUUCAACGACCUACUUCACAUGUUUGUCUAAUGGAACUUGGGAUAGUAAUACAGAACCAACAUGUUUUCCACAUCCAUGCGGGCAGUAUCAUUUGUCUAAGCAUGUUGUAGUUAAGGAAGACUUUAGCCAUGUCAAUAUGUCAAUAGAUGUACAAUGUGAAGAUGGAUUUGACUUUGCAAACGAGAGUGAGACUUACAUAUACUGUGAUAACAAUACAUGGAUAGAAAAUCCAAGAUGUGAAAUUCCAGGUAAACUAGCAUUAGAGACAAAGAACUCUUCAGUUCUUAUUUCGGGCAAAUCGUUCUCUAUUAACUGCACUCUGACACAAUCGCCUAAGUGGGAGACUGUUAUGUUUGAACGAAUAGACUUUGAAAAUAGCUCGAUCACAAAUCCGUUACUGACUGUGACUAAUAUUAAUGGGAAUAGUACAACGGACAAACUACAUGUUACAUAUUUCCGAAAGAAUGUAACGCCUUUGGCUGAUGGCGUAAGUGUAAUAUUAACUGUCGACAAAGUACAGUGUAAUGACACUGGUAUAUACAUCUGUAGCGUUCUUGCGGGAAACAUUACGUCACCCAAAGGAAUAAAGAGUUCGAGAAAGCAUUUUAAAGCGAUUGAUGCGAGCUCAAAACUUAGCGAAAUAAUAGCCCAGACAUCUGUUGUCCAGGGCGACAAAAUUGAAGUCAAAUGCAUUGGUAGUAUUGGGCAAGAUGAAAAUGGGACAAAGUUAGGGGAAAUGUUCCUCAGAAUAUACAAGGACGAGAAUACGGUGGAAAAUGUAUCAUUUGUCAUUGAAUCAUCAGAAACUGAAGACUGUCAAACACAUGAAACUAUUAACGCAACAAUUUUGAUUACAAAUGAUAUGAACAGAGCUGAGCUCCAAUGUGUGAUGAUUGAUUACAACGGAAAUAGGCAGAAGAGAAGUGUUCUGUUGAAUGUUACGACGACAACUGUGAGAAUAUCGACAUCAUCGCCUGCAGUUAACAUAGGCAGUGAGGUCAACAUGACUUGCGAACUCAACCAUAUUCGUGGCUGGAGUAGCAUAGAGAUCCGAAAAAACUGUAGUAACACGGAGGUCAUUAUUGGCUCUUCACGAAAUAACCAGAGUGCAUCUGAUUUCACAAUGGAAAAACAUAUGAUUCUGUCGGAAAAUGAUUUUACUGAGUCCUCGGCAAAACUAGUCUUACAUUUCGAGAACGUUACGUGCAGAGAUGCUUGUGGUCAUGGUGGUGACAUUGAAUACAUGUGUGCAGUGAAAAUUGAAGACAGUUGGGUGACAGGAUCUAUGAAACUAGAAUUUCAAAGGAAGCCUUCAACGCCAGUACUUUCGACAGAGCAAGAUAAGUUUUACCUUGGACAAGAAGCGGUUAUAAAAUGCACCGGAAAUGUGGGUAUACCGACACGAAAUAUGACUAUGAAAGAAAAUUCAGUCGAGUUGCCAGCACGCUUGUUGGAUUCAGAAAUAAAUCUCGACAAGGACACGUGUGCAAAUGUUCAGACUAUUACUUACACAUUUGCAGUUAUCGAUGACAAAGAUGGCUUUUUAUACCACUGUGAAACAAGCUAUGAGAACAGAUCAAGAAGAUCUAAUGUGGAAACAGUUAAUGUGACGGAUCCGAUAUUAUAUUUCUCUGAUGAAAGCAAGACGGCAUUUGUCGGAAGCAGCAAGGAUAUACAGUGUGUCCUUACCUCAACAAUGAACAUGACAGAUAUGGUUAUCAGUAAACUAAACAGCGAAAUCUGUAAAGUCAAUGGCACUGGCGUUGGGUCUUGUGCAUCCAUUGAGUUUUCAGCAUAUGGAAAUUUUUCUCUAAAUGGUACUAUAUUUACGAUGACAAUGACAUUGCAGAAGGUAUCAUGUGACGACUACGACACUUAUACAUGCAGAGCUGUCGGCACUGAAACUCUCAAAACUUCAAUGGAAUUCCUAGUCAAAUCAGUAGCAACGGUACCGGAACUACGCCUGCCAACAACGCUUGUAGAAGACCAGAAAGCGGAGUGGGAGGAUCAGCUUAACUGUACUGCCGAGUUAGGCUAUCCCGAAAAAAGAAGACGGCUGGAGGUUCAAAUAAAAUUAAACAGCUCAGACUCGUUUACUGUAUACAAAACACUAAUAAAAGAAGGUGAAGGUGGGGACUGUCGGCGAAAUGCCUCGAUAUAUCUAAGACAGGCAGUGUUUAGAAAAGAACACAACGGCUCGACGAUUAGAUGUGUUAUUCUUAAUAACGACAAUGAAGUAAUCGCAAGCAGCACUGAAAAAGAAUUAAAGCUCUUGAAAAAUGUUUGUCUCGCUGAAGAUAAUAGGGAGUUUGACCUUCAUCCGUUCAGCUGUCAGCGAUACGUUUGGUGUGUUGGAGAACGUUUAUACGACCGAGAAUGUGCUGGAGGAUCCUGUUCUACGCUUAAUUCUCAAUGGAUAUGUGGUGACAGUGAUUGUACUGGAUGCCCUUAGUAAUGUUACAGACAUGCACAAAACCUACUUUAUGUCGCGAAGUGACAAUAAUUUCGUCGGAAAUAGAAUCCAUAUAGCGUUAUACGAGAUAUUUUACCGUAUGCUUCUCCUGUAGAAUUAUACAGUAUUUAGCUUCUUCUAAUUCUAUCAUUUCCGCCAGUCAUUUUUCAUUUUAUCAGCAAACACUUAUCUUUGCUUUGUAUCAACAGAUGUUUUGUCAAAUAAAUAUACCUUUAAAUAAGAUGUUGCACAUUAUACGACAACUGUAGAAGUCUACAGUAUUUAAAACCAUUAAAUUAUUAGCAUUGGAAAUAACCUUCACACCUAGCUUUGCAAUAUAUAAUCAUAUAAACGUUCGUUCCCUUAAAUUGUUUUAUUUGUAAUCGAUUAGUAUGUACGUGUUAAAGUUUUGUCCCGCCUGUUUGUUUUUUUUUCAUAUGUAUCAGUGUGUGUUACAUUUACUUUGGUAUUUUUAUUCCACUUUGUACAUACAUGUCAAAACACAAAAUAUCCUUUAUGAUAAUUACUUAGUAAAAGUUAUAUUGUUUAUUUUACAUGGGUUUAACAAUGACAAAUUUUGUGUUUUUGGUAAGAUAUUAUUAAUUUCCUUUAUUUUUUUUUCAAAAGUACUAUCGGUGAAUGCAUUUUGAAUAACAAACUUUACAUAUUCUAUAUUGUUUGCGUGAUUUCUUUUUAUUUCUGUAUUAUCCAUUUCGGUUAUGAACAUAGUAGUUUUACUGUUCUUAUGUACUCUUAUUUUCUUAAAUUUUAGUAAGUAGUUUUUUAGUGAAUGCUCAUUCUCAGACUUUAUUGUGAUAAAUAUGUUCUGUAUUACUGUAGUUGUUAAAAUAAAAAGAAAAUAGCUAUGUAACAUAUGUAUUUCUUCUCUCAAUUUGAAUAAUGCCGUCAGCUGCAAUCCCGUCUUCUCCCCAACGUGAAUGGAGGCAUUGGUAAAUCUAAUUUUUGGAAUUAAAACACUAUGCGUUGUACAUUAUUUGAUCAUUUGAUGCACUUUGUUCCUUAUAUCUGUACCAAAGCACAGAAAACGAUACAAUGCGUUGGUUAUUGGUUCAUUCAAUUGUACCCGAAUAUAAUUGGCAAUAGCGGGAACUUGAAAAGUGUACUGUUUUGUAUACAGCUGCAUCUGCAUGACGUGUAAUAAACAUAACAAAAUGCUAUUGCAGUUUCUAACAUGUAUUCAACAAAUGCUAGAAAAAAAAACAAAAAAAAACAAACAGUGAAUGCGUCUGUGGUGUAAUUUUGUAUUGCCUAUCAAAAAGCCAUCUUUAAACAAAUCAUUGACAUCUGCUUUAGGGACAACCAGUAUCUACCCAAAUACAUAGGAAAGGUUCAUCCAUUGUCAAAGCAUUUAAAGAA